GCUUGGGAUUCCCUGUCUAGCAUCACCCAAGCAGUGAAAGAGCACAGACAAAUUAUGAUCCUUCAUCUACAAUAUCAGAAGUAAAAUUAGCAUCAUGUCUUCAUUUGUAACGUCUCCACCAGCCGACACCCUUCUCUCUAAUGUGGCAACUCAAGAAUAUUGGAGGACCCAGGUUUGUGCCUACAGCACUUCUGUGACAGGGCAUAUCAGUCACAGAGCCAACAAUUUCAAAAGACAUCCAAAGAGAAGAAAACUAAUACGGCCGUCACCACCCCCUCCUCCCAAUACUCCUUGUCCACUUGAUCUGAUUGAUUUUGUUGAUCUUCAUCCUCGAAGAUCUUUUCUGGAACUUUUAUUCAAUGGGUGCAUUUUGUUUGGAAUUGAGUUUUGCUAUGCAAUGGAAACUGCAUAUGUUACGCCGGUGCUACUACAGAUGGGCCUCCCUGAUGAGUUGUAUAGCAUGGUGUGGUUUAUUAGUCCAAUACUGGGUUUUAUGCUUCAGCCUUUAUUAGGAGCAUGGAGCGACACUUGCACGUCAAGGUUUGGCAGAAGGAGGCCAUUCAUUCUAGUCCUUGCCAUAGGAGCCUUACUUGGGCUUACUCUUCUACUCAAUGGAAGGGAUCUAGGCGUGUCAGUGGCAGACACAGUAAAUGAUCAUAAAUGGGGACUCAUCCUGACAAUUUGCGGAGUAGUUCUCAUGGACUUCAGUGCAGACUCGGCUGAUAACCCUAGCCAUGCGUACAUGAUGGAUGUGUGCAGCCCAGAGGAUCAAGAUCGGGGGCUUAAUAUACAUGCUCUGUUAGGAGGGCUUGGAGGUGGUUUUGGUUAUGUAGUUGGCGGAAUAAACUGGAACAAAACAAGUUUUGGGAAAGCAGUGGGAGGACAGCUGCGAGUUAUCUAUAUUUUCACUUCAAUAACACUAGCAGUCACCACCAUUUUAACCUUAAUUAGCAUCCCAGAAAGACCUAUUCAGCUAUUUAAUAAGAAGACUAAAGUAAUGAAAAGCCCAAGUCUACCAUUGCCCCCUUCUCCACCUGUCUUCUUUGAAGAGAAUCAAAGUGAAAACCUCAGUACCCGGAAUUCAAAUAAUUUGUAUGCAAGUUUUACCAGUCCAAUCUCACCUCUUAGUCCACUUACACCAAAGUAUGGCAGCUUGAUGAGCAGGGACAGCUCUUUAACGGGUCUUAAUGAAUUUGCCUCCUCUUUUGGAACUACGAAUAUUGACAGUGUUCUUAUAGACUGCUUCACAGCAGGGCAUGAGAAUUACUUAGCACCCUCUGGGAGUCUGCCAAGACAAGCUAGUAGUCUUCCUCGAGUACCUGAUAGCUUGUAUUGCACUCAAAAUGGAGUUAGAGGUUCUGUGGAAAGCAUUAUGUCUCCUGGAACAGAAAGAAGUCACUUAAGAGUUGGGUCUCUUGAUGCAUCAAAGCGAUCUUCAGGGAUUCUAAAAAGACCUCAGUCUUUAGCUAUACCAGAUGUAGUUACAGGAAUAUGUCCUGAGAGCAGCAGAAGGCGAAAUGUGACAUUCAGUCAACAGGUGGCUAAUAUCUUGCUGAAUGGUGUAAAGUAUGAGAGUGAGCUUAAUGGAUCAUCUGAGAUGUCUCAGCAGCCUCUUUCAAUGAAACUUCUGUGUUCAUCCAUCUGCCACAUGCCUAAGGCGCUACGUAACCUUUGCAUCAAUCAUUUUCUAGGAUGGCUGUCUUUUGAAGGCAUGUUGCUGUUUUAUACAGAUUUUAUGGGAGAGGUGGUAUUUCAAGGAGAUCCUAAGGCUCCUCAUGAUUCUGAUGAAUACCACAAAUACAAUGCUGGUGUCACCAUGGGGUGCUGGGGAAUGUGUAUAUAUGCCUUCAGUGCUGCCUUUUACUCAGCCAUAUUGGAAAAGCUUGAAGAUGUUUUCAGUGUCCGUACUUUGUAUUUUAUAGCAUACCUUGCAUUUGGAUUGGGUACUGGUCUAGCUACUCUAUUUAGCAAUCACUACAUUAUCUUAUCGCUGUGCAUAACUCAUGGCAUCCUGUUCUCCACACUUUGUAUACUGCCAUAUUCCCUAUUGUGUGAUUAUUACCAGAAUAAGAAGUUUGUAUGUUCCAGCUCUGAUGGAUCUAAACGUGGCAUGGGUAUGGACAUAUCUCUCCUAAGCUGUCAGUAUUUCCUUGCACAGAUUAUUGUAUCCAUUGUGAUGGGACCUUUGACUUCCAUAGUCGGCAGUGCCAAUGGCGUCAUGUACUUCUCAAGUCUCAUGGCAUUCGUUGGCUGCUUUUACUCUUCUUUGUUUGUCAUAUAUGAAGUUCCAUCUGGAGAUUAUGAGGAGGAACAGCAACCCCUUUUGAUCAACAUAUGACUAAUCAAUGAACUUUUUUUGUAUUUAUUUAUUAAUUUAUUUUUAUGUUGACUUUCUUUUUAAACAAAACUGUUUAUUCAUUUUAAACAGUCCUUGGGGUUUUUAGCCAGUUUGGCAAUAAAAUGUUAACAAACCAUGAGUUCAUGGCAGCAAAAUUAAAAUAACUCCUAUAACAAA